GUUGAGGUCUCUCUCUCUCUCUAUCAUAUUCUAAAACCCUAAUUUUCUUAGCUUCACUGCAAAUUCUAAUCCUCUCAAAGUCGCCAGAAAGCUUUUCUCUCUCUCUCUCUCUCUCUCUCUCUCUCUCUCUCUCUUUCUCACGUGCUUACCGCCAAGAUGGGAAGACCUAAGAAGACCAGGGGAAUGAAGAAGCAGAUGCGCCUCGACGAAGCCGAAGAAGUCAUCUUCCUCGAACAGUGGAUCGAAUCCCAAAAACCCGAUUCAGGAUCCAACCCGCUCGCUCUGGGCCCUCUCCCGAAAGACGCGAAGAUCGGAAAGCUCGAAGACGGCGAAAACGGCGCCGUUUUCUCGUGCUACGCCGGCGUAAGGAGGUUCGAUCAGCUGCCGAUAUCGGACAAAACGAAACGAGGGCUGAAAGAGGCCAAGUUCGUUGAGAUGGUCGAUAUCCAGAGAGCCGCUCUGCCUCACGCUUUAUGCGGAAGAGAUAUUCUCGGCGCGGCGAGGACCGGGUCGGGGAAAACUCUCGCCUUUGUUAUUCCGGUGCUGGAGAAGCUGCACAAGGAGAGAUGGGGUCCUGAAGAUGGAGUUGGGUGUAUCAUCAUAUCUCCGACUAGGGAAUUAGCUGCUCAGACUUUCAGUGUGUUGAAUAAAGUUGGCAAGUUUCAUAAGUUCAGUGCUGGGCUCUUGAUUGGUGGUCGUGAAGGAGUUGAUGUUGAGAAGGAGAGGGUUAAUCAUAUGAAUGUUUUGGUGUGUGCUCCCGGUAGGCUUCUCCAGCAUAUGGAUGAGACUCCAAACUUCGAGUGUUCCAAUCUCAAGAUUCUGAUUUUAGAUGAGGCCGACCGUGUUCUUGAUUCUGCAUUUAAGGGGCAGUUGGAUCCUAUCAUCUCGCAGUUGCCUAAGCGCAGGCAAACUCUGCUAUUCUCUGCGACCCAAACGAAGAAAGUCAAGGAUCUAGCAAGGCUCAGUCUGAGAGAUCCCGAGUACAUCAGUGUACAUGCAGAGUCUGUUACAGCUACCCCUACUACCUUGACGCAGACUGUAAUAAUUGUCCCAGUUGAAAAGAAACUAGACAUGUUAUGGAGCUUCAUCAAAUCUCAUCUUAAUUACAGGAUUCUUGUUUUUCUAUCCACCAAGAAACAGGUCAAAUUUGUUCAUGAAGCGUUCAACAAGCUCCGGCCUGGAAUACCUUUGAAGAGCCUUCACGGAAAAAUGAGCCAAGAGAAAAGGAUGGGAGUGUACUCUCAGUUCAUUGAGAGACAAUCUGUUCUCUUCUGUACCGAUGUUCUUGCCAGAGGUCUUGAUUUUGACAAGCUUGUGGACUGGGUUGUUCAGGUGGAUUGUCCUGAAGAUGUAGCUUCUUAUAUUCACCGAGUUGGGCGUACAGCUCGUUUCAAUGCUUCAGGGAAGUCACUCCUCUUUCUAACACCUUCUGAGGAAAAAAUGGUUGAGAGAUUACAAGAAGCUAGAAUUCCUGUAAGAGUCACCAAGGCAAACAGUGACAAGUUGCAGGAGGUUUCUAGACUCUUGGCUUCUUUGUUAGUCAAUUUUCCAGAUCUUCAAACUGUUGCUCAGAGAGCCUUCAUCACAUAUCUGAGGUCCAUUCACAAAAGAAGAGAUAAGGAGAUUUUCGACGUGACGAAGCUGUCCAUUGAGGACUUCUCUGCUUCACUUGGUCUUCCAUUUACUCCUAGAAUCCGAUUCGCAAACCUUAAAACGAAGAAGAAAGGAGUGUUUGAGAGUUCAAUCGCUCUUGAACCGGAGAAUGAUGAUGAGGAUAAUGUUGUAGCACCUACUCGGGUUGUGAAGAAGGAUCUUCUAGGUGAAGAUUUAGAGGAAGAGGAUUUUCCUCUGAGACCAAAUGAAGAGGGAAAGGGAGUAGAAAAAUCAAACAAGGACGAAGGAGUUCCCAUGCCAGGAACUCGGGUUUCGAAAAACAAGAAGCUGAAGAUCAGCCAGCACAGACCAAGUGGGUCCAGGGUCAAGUUUGAUGAGGAAGGCAAUCCAGUGGCUCCCUUGGCAAUAGUAGCUGCCACAACUGAGACUGAAGUUGCCCUUGAUGAAGAGGCAAGGAAGGAUUACUAUAAGAAACUGGGGGAGCAACUGAGGAAAGUGGAUCAUGAGGACAAGAAAGUGGAGAGGGAAAAGAGGAGGGAGAAGAGAAUGAAAGAAAAGAUUAAGAGGAAGCAAGGAGAGAUGGAGGAGGAGGAAGAAGAAGAAGGCUCUGCAUCAUCAGAAGAAGAAACAGGACAAAAACGCAAAAGAGCGAAGAAGAUGUACUUUGAUGAUAAUGGUGAUGGAGACGAAGAAAAGGAAGGAGGAAAAAUCAACACAGAUGCCAUCUCCAUAGCUGAGCUUGAGGAGAUGGCUCUCAAACUGAUAACGCAGUCAUGAAAAUGUCACAUAGGAAACGUUUUGUCUGUCUAGGCUCCGUUUCGCCGAUUCUCCCAAGGAAGCACUUCAUUUUAUGAACCAAUGUGAUAGUUUCCUACAAGUUUUGUCUCUUCUUUGUCAAUCAAAUCGUGUUACAAACAAUUAUUUAUAUAACCUUAACUUUACCAUUCGAA